AUGCAAGAAAGUAUUAAUGGAAAGGGAAAGGGAAAGGGAAAAGAACAGGGGGAGAUGUCACCAGCUAAAACACGUGCUGGCAAUAGUAACACCAUUGAUGAAGAUUGGUCUAUUAUCUCAUCAUCGUCAGAUUUUGAUGAUGAAAGAUCAACAACUAGUUCCGAUGGCAAACCGCUCAAUACUGGAGCAGACAAUCAUUUGGAGACCCUGGAUAUUGAUAGUUCGAUUUUUCAAGUACCCAAAUUGAUUCCUGGAUUGGGAGAGGAAGAGGAAGGAGAAGAGGAGGUUGUGUUACUAUCAGGAAAUGGCUUAACGACAAGCAAGGGCAAAGGCACUGAUGGGAGCGAAAGAGAACCGAGCGAAUAUUCCCCAUUGUCCUUCUCUCUGGGUUCCCAACUUGACGACUCAGUGUCUGAGGAGUUGGCAAAAUCUGCUAAUGUUGGUUCUAAGAUCAAAUUUUUUGAAAACAUGAGCAUGUUCAAUGAGUCCAUCAAACAAAGGUCGAGCGAGUUUUAUUCAAAUUAUGCCAAAGACAAGAUUGAUCAAUUAAAUAGGUAUGUGAAUGAGCAGAACAGGAAUGUGGUCUUGGAGUCCACAGAGAAUGGAGAUAAGUCACAGGAGGGCCGAGCUUCUGGUAGUGGUGGCGAUGCCGCAUCUAGUUUGGAGGUGGAUACCGAUUUAGAAACCACGGUAGAGUUGCAGGCUCAAGAUGAUACCAAACCACAACAGUUACCUAGUGCUGCUUCUAAUGCUGAACCUACCAUCCCAGCAGACUAUAUCUCCAGCAAGAACACUCUGUCAUUCAAAGUGAGGGUGGUUAAAGCUGUGCAAGAUUUCUUGGAUUCCCAUUCUGAAUAUCUUUACUACUACCUUUUUGCUAUUGUGGUUGGUAUAAUACCAGCUGCUUAUGUAAUUCACCACAUGGUAUCCCCCAAAGAGCCUGAACCAGUCACUGCUUAUGAGACACUCAGUCACUAUUGGGACAAUUUUGUUUACGAGAAGACACCAGCAUCUAGUAACUUUUUUGCAUUUGGCCAUAAAAAGUUAAAAGUUAACCGAUUUGUCAAGUAUGCUAAGCAAGUGAGAACUUCUUUGGAACCGAAGUUAACCUCGGUGCGUGAAUUGGCAAGCCAAGCUCUAGACGAUGCUGUACCUAUAACAAAUGAUUGGCUAAGGAGGUCCCAGAAUGCUUUAAAGUUGGUGAGCAAGAAUGCUGGACGCUGGUAUGAAGAAACGACCAGAUUUUCGAAAAGAGAAUUUAAAACGUUGAAGGAACUUGCUUCAAAGGGAAGUGUUGUGGCAGCAGAGUAUGGAAAGAUUGGGCUGGGGUAUAUAUCUCAAAAUGGAAGGAUAGUUGCAAGUAAUUUAUCAAAUUAUACAAGGAAGUCGGUCAAUGUAUUGCAUGAUUGGGCUCACGCUACAAGUGCUGGAGCCGCCGUUUAUAUUGACAAGUCUGCUAGAUUGUCUGCCAAGCUUGGUAAAACUACGUCUCGUCUUUUAAAGAAGCUUGGCAAGAAAUGGGAAAGGGCUGGGAGAUACGGGUUUAGAAGAUCGCUCCGAUUUAGUCGUCAAGCCUUACGUAGAUUUGCUAAACUGUACCCCAGAUGGAGAAAAAGUGUUGAAUCUUACCUCGCUGAGAGUGCAGAGAGAGGAUCAUCGUUUUGGUCAAGAGAUUCCUUUUUGGGAAAGCAAAUAAGGCGUCUGUCUAAAACCGUUUUUAAAAAGUACUCGGAAUAUGUGGAAACAUACAAUCGUGCUUGUCCAGAAGAAGGUGUGACGGCACUCUAG